AUGACUUCCUCUGGUGGCCGGGUGUCAUAUAACGACAACCGCCACUGUACUUCACGCUGUACAUCAGACGUGGAUGUCCCCGGAGAAAAUACUGUACUUGGGGCUGAACUUGGCGUUGUAACGGAUAGUUCAUUGCCCCAGUCAUCAUCUGACCCGCCGGCUGCCUUGUCCUCUCCCAGCAUUUCUCUGGUUCCUCGGUCUGUAUGCAGUGAGAGUUGUCUGCCGGGAUAUGUGAAGGUUUAUGAAAAAGGAAAGGCCAAGUGUUGUCACAACUGUAUCCCAUGUCCAGAGGGAGAGAUUACUAACACCACUGAUAUGGAAAGCUGUUGGCAUUGCCCUGAGGAUCAGUGGUCUAAUGCUAAGAGGAAUAAGUGUAUUCUAAGAAAAAUUGAUUUUCUGUCAAAUGAGGAACCAUUGGGAUUAACCCUUGCUCUUAUGACUGCUGCAUUCACUGGCUUCACAGCUAUAGUAUUAACAAUAUUUGUUAAGUACAAGAAGACUCCAAUAGUUAAAGCCAACAACCUGAAUCUUAGCUACACCCUCCUCCUUUCCCUCAUACUAUCAUUUUUAUGUCCCUUCCUAUUCAUUGGACAACCUACAAGGGUCUCCUGCCUCCUUCGGCAAGUAGUCUUUGGAAAUUCUUUUGCAGUUGGUGUUUCUUGUGUCUUAGCCAAAACAGUUAUUGUUAUCUUGGCCUUUAAUGCUACUAAACCUAAUCCAAAACAAACCAAGCAAUUUGGUAAGAACACAUCCAGUUCUUUAGUUCUUGUUUGUUCUUCUGGAGAGGGCAUCAUAUGUGUUGUGUGGCUCCUUUACUCUCCACCAUUCCUGUACAAUAAUAGCCAAGUAGAGGUUGGGAAGAUAAUAGCAGAAUGUAACGAAGGAUCUACCAUAGCAUUUUACCUUGUGAUUGGCUAUAUAGGGUUUUUGGCUUUACUAAGUUUUUUUGUUGCCUUUUUGGCGAGGAAACUACCAGAUACAUUUAAUGAAGCUCAGUACAUCACCUUCAGCAUGCUGGUGUUUUGUUGUGUUUGGAUCUCCUUCAUCCCAGCCUAUCUUAGCACCAAAGGGAAAUAUAUGGUGGUUGUGGAAAUAUUUGCCAUCUUGGCUUCUGCUGCUGGACUCCUGUUCUGUAUCUUUUUUCCAAAAUGUUACAUUAUUCUAAUAAAACCUGAACUGAACACCAGAGUAGCUUUAACAAAUGAAAGAAAGCACAAACGUACAAGAAGCUAG